AGCUCUUCAGUUGUUUUUUAAGCUCCCUCAACAGUCAACACCAUUUCGUGGGAGACCAAUCCUGCCUAGGCGACUCUACCUGAUGGCGUCCCAAGCUGUGGAGAGCCACCGUGCCGGUGCAGAGAUCGUGAAGGGGGACGACAAAAUCUGCAAGAAGAAGUCGGUGGAGGUGCUGGAGGAGCUGGGCCUCCCCACGGGCCUGCUGCCCCUGGAUGACCUCGAGGAGUUCGGGUACAACCGCGAUGCCGGCUUCAUUUGGCUCGUGCAGAAGAAGAAGAAGGAGCACACCUUCAAGAAGGUCAAGCAGACCGUGUCCUACGCCGGCGAGGUGACGGCCUUUGUCGACCCGGGGAAGCUGAAGAAGAUCGUCGGCGUCAAGACCAAGGAGCUGUUCCUGUGGCUCAGCGUGGUGGAGGUGUACGUUGAGAAGGAGUCUCCCGGGAAGGUCACCUUCAAGACCGGCGCUGCAGGCUUGUCCGAGACCUUUGAUGCCGCUGCCUUUGCCCUCGGUGAGUGAGGAUCGAAUACUAUUUCAGGACGUGCGGGCUCGAAAUGAUGAUGCCGAUGGAACUGGAAGUCUUUCCCUGCCACUUUACAUCUGCAUUUUCCUUUCCUUUUGAAAUUGAGUUGCGAGCUAUAUGUAUGCAGUUUAACUAUCCCACUAUUUAAAUUCGUGUAGCACGUGUUCCUCACAAACAAACAUUGUACUUGUACUAUGUCGAAUUUACGUGAGUUCAGUUGUAAUAUAGGAGUAUUAAUAUACUAUGUACCUUGAAGCA